CGCAGCUCUGAGAUGCUCAGCGGUAUCGGGUAACCGAGCAGCGUCAUAAAGAGCACCUGUUUGUGUGGAUCACGACGUGCCAAACGGGUUAUGUAUGCUGAGCCCCCGGGAAAACAGCAGAAACACAUCUUCACUGGCAUAAUACUCGGAUCUGGGUCAAUUCGGCACAAUGACAGCUCAGAAAAACAAGCACGGUCUCCUGCCUAUUAAAGAGUUGGAGAAUGUUCUGGACACAUGUAAACUUGACCUAACUCCAGUCGACGAGGUCUGGCCAAACCUGUUCAUCGGAAACGUGGCCAUUGCUCAAAAUAGAAAUGCUUUGAAGAAAAUGGGAAUCACUCACGUUUUAAACGCUGCUCAUUCCAAGCAAGGCAGCAUCGGGGACCAGAGUUAUUAUGGCAAUUCAAUUGUAUAUUAUGGCAUCCCAGCAGAGGACUCUUCAUCAUUUGAUCUUAGUGUGUACUUUAAAACAGCUUCUGAUUUCAUCCACAAAGCCUUGAGGAAGAAGAACGGAAAGGUGCUUGUUCACUGCAUCAUGGGAAUGAGUCGAUCUGCAACUCUGGUUCUAGCAUACCUUAUGCUGCGUCAGCGUCUUACCCUGCGCACUGCCAUCCAAACAGUCGUACUGCGACGUGCCAUCUAUCCCAACAGGAACUUUUUGAGCCUUCUCCUGGAUUUGGACAUUCAGCUACAGAGAAAGCGAAUGCUGUGCCCUAUUCUCUGACAGAAAAACACAGAUGCCAUGAGCACACUAAUGCCUGUGCAUUCAUUUUAUAUAACUAGAGGAUGAAGAGUUAGCCAUCGUUGGUAUGUUUACAUUAUUUACGAUAAGUGUACAGUAUAUAGCCUAUAUUGUUUCAUAGUAAAACUGGUGCCUUUGGGGUUUAGUGUAUGUUGCUGUAUAGACCAUCUUUGUACUUUUCCAUAGAUUUACAGGGUUAAUUUUAAUAUUUGCUAUAAUUUAGCUAUAAAACACUUUUUAAUAUUGAAUAAGUGGCUUUGCUUUUAACUGAAACAAUAUUUAACAUUUGUCCUUCUUGCAUUGCCAUUUAAACAGAUUUUUCUGUACAAUGUCUUGUAAAUUUGAGAAUGAUGAUUUUUAUGAAUCUUUAUAUGAUAUAUUCAAGAUGCAGCUUUAUGAACAGCACACAAGUGCCACAUGAUCCUCACAUUUAAAAUGACAUUUAACUAUGGAGUCAGUAUUCAGCACAGUGCACUAAAUUAAGCAGUAUUAAAUGAUUGAAUUGUGGUUUAUUAUUCAGCUACAGAGAAAAGCCUGACUGUGAGCUGUAUGAGCUUUUACGUUGCUUUUGGCAGCCAAAAUUGGAGGAAUCUAUGGGCCAAGCACAACACUCUUCUGUUGACUCAAUCCUAACAGCCUUGUUUAAAUGACUGAGCAGCACUCGUUGAUGUGUUUUUAGUGCACCUUUUUGUUUUAACAGUAGAAUAAUGUUUCAUUCAGCUCAUUGAUUCACAGACGUUCCUUUGUUAUCUUAGAGAACAUUAAUGGAGUGUAAACAGUUUUUCCAAAAGCGCUGUAUAGUUACAACAUUUAAUUGCACAUUUGACUCUUUCAGCUAUGAGCAGGAUGAAUAUUGAAUUUGUUACACUGUUAGUUAUGUCUGAAUUUGUAUGUAUUUCUGAAGUAUAACGACUGAUAUAUGGAUGUUUCAUACAAACAAGGUGCCAAAUAAAGUUAAUAUUCAUCUGUGUUCAUUUAAAUAAAAUAAAUGUGAUAGUGCUUUGGGAUAAGCAUUUAA